AUUCAUGAAAUAAGUGUGAAGAAACGUUAUAAUUUCCUACAGUGUACCCAAUUCUAAAAUGGCAACAAACAAACUGAGUGCGGUGAGUUGAAAUAUUAUGUGGUGAAAUGCGUAAAACGCAUAAAAUCUUUGAGGUUGCUGUAAAUGACAACCAAACACACAGCAAAAGAAAGAAUAACGGUACGAGAUAAAAUACAAUGCGGUCUGGCUUGGAAUGGAAAUAAGAAUUCUUACGCUUGCUUGCUAGAGUUAUUUCGUGUGUGUGUUUUUGUGCGAAUGGAGUUGAGUGAGACUACUUUAAUAAAAAUGGAGGAAAAAUCCGGAACGAUAAAAGUGGAAGAGCUUACGAUAUUCGACACUCUGUUGGAUGUUGUAAAAUCUGACCUACCGAUCACCAAGAAUGAUGGACGCUCUUUCAGAGAGGAAUCGGCACCACAAGAUUACUAUACUAUCGAUAAAACCGAUGGUGAAAUUGCCGCUUCUAGCUCAAGCGAAACGAAUGAAUUGGGAACGAACCCUACUGAUGGCAUCCAACGGAAAGACAUUUGCAACAUUUGUGGGAAGGAGUACGAAACAAACCGAAUUCUCUGUCAGCACAAGAAAACACAUAAUGACGAACAAUCGUUCAUUUCUGACGAAGGCAGCGACACGUUAAGCACAGCCCGCAAGCUUAACAACCAUAAUACGCAUCAUACAGCGGAAAAUAUAUACAAGUGCGAUAUAUGUCAGAAAACUUUCCUCCUGGAAAAGAAAAUAAGGAGACACAUGAGGCAACACACCAACCAUCGCUCCCAUAAAUGUCUCAUUUGCGGAAAAGGAUUUAUCUACAAAUCGCAUCUUAAAAGGCAUACGCUUUUCCACAGUGACGAGCGACAAUACAGAUGUGAUAUCUGCGGCAAGGAUUACAAAUCAGUAUACAAGCUUAAUGAGCACACAAAGUAUCACACAUCCGUCGAGGAUGAUUCGCACAGAUGCAGCCUUUGCGGGAAAGUCUUCGAUCGUCGCUCUUACCUCUUAAAACAUAAGCACAUUCACAGUGAGGGAGAACCACACAAAUGCGACAUCUGCGGAAAAGAUUUCAAAUUACUAGAUUAUCUAAAUAGUCACAGAAAGUAUCACACAAUUCAUGAAAAUGAUUUGCACAAAUGUCCCAUUUGCGGGGAAGGUUUCGUGCUUCACCGCAUACUUUCAGAACAUUUGGACACCCACCGUGACGAGCGGCACAGAUGCGACAUCUGCGGCAAAAAUUACCAGUCAGUAAAGAAACUGGAUUAUCACAUGAAGUAUCACACAACCGGAAAGGAUGAACUGCAUAAAUGCACCAUUUGUGGGAAAGGCUUGAUUAAUCACUCUACCCUUUUGAAACACAUGCAGACUCACAGUGACGAGCGAAAGCAUAGAUGCGAUAUCUGCGGCAAGGAUUACAGAAAAGCAGAUACUCUGAAUGAACACAAGAAGCAUCACACAUCCGGUGACGAUGUACUGCACAAAUGCACCAUUUGCGGAAAAGGCUUCGUGCGUCGUUACGCGCUUAAACAACAUUUGGCAACUCAUAGUGACGAACUAGGGUACAAGUGCGAAAUUUGCGGCAAGCAGUACAAAAGCAGAGGCGGACUUUACUUGCACAGAAAGACACAUAACGGCGAACAAUCGUGAUGAACUCAACGGAACGUUCAAAGCUUCCCGACUUAUUUUAAUUUCCACGAGGCACAUGUCGAAGCGCUGCGCGACCAAUCAAAUCAAUUCCAAUGUAAUAACUGUGUCGCGCAUUCAUUAUAAAAACAACUUUGUAUAAUAAUGGAUCAAGUACGAUGGAGCGAUCGUAAUGCUCGAUUUGAUAAAA